AUGGCCUCGCUCAGCCUGGCUCAGAUGCUGGAUCUGGCCAUCGGGACGCCCGAGGUUGGGGCCCUCAACUUGCGGGCCCUGCACCGGCUGCUGCUGGUGAUGCUGGGACACCUGGGCAUGCGGGACCUGCCAGCUCAGGAGCCGGGGCACAGCCCGACUGCCGGCAGCGCCCAGGUCACCUCUACAGUCACCAGCGGGGGCCAGAGGAAGGAGAAGAUUGAAGAGAAGGGGAGCAGCAUCUCCAAGGACAACCCUGUGUCCCAGGAUCUCCUCCAGGACAUUGACAGGAUGAAGGCAGAGCAGGCCCGCAUGGCAGAGAAGGUGCAGGUGAUCGUGGAGGCACUUGGCUUGCAGGACAGUGGGACCCAGUGUGCCCCCACCGAGCCCACAGUGUUGGACAUGGACACCCAGUGUGGGGACACCCUGGGGACCACCACCCUGGCAGUGUCCCCUGGCACUCAGGCCACCACUCCAGGGAUGCAGCCAAGGACCCCCAGCACCCUGGCUGCUACCUUAGGAGUACAGCCAGUGUUCCCAGGCACCCAGGCAAACACCACAGAGACACAGCUAGGGUCACCCAGCACUGAGGCUGUCAUGCCAGUGACACAGCCAAAGUCCCCCAGCCUCAAGACCACCACUCUAGGAAUGCAGCCAGGGACCCCUGACACACAGAGCACCACCCCAGAGACACAGCCAGGGUACCCUGGCACCCAGACCCCCACUUCAGGAAUGCAGCCAGGAUCCCCCAGCAGCCAGGCCACCACCCCAGAGAUGCAGCCAGGAUCCCCCAGCACCCAGACCACCAUCCCAGAGAUGCAGUUAGGAUCCCCCAGCACCCAGGCCACCAUCCCAGAGAUGCAGCCAGGAUCCCCCAGCACCCAGGCCACCAUCCCAGAGAUGCAGCCAGGAUCCCCCAGCACCCAGGCCACCAUCCCAGAGAUGCAGCCAGGAUCCCCCAGCACCCAGGCCACCAUCCCAGAGAUGCAGCCAGGAUCCCCCAGCACCCAGGCCACCAUCCCAGAGAUGCAAUCUGGGACCUCCAGCACCCAGACCACAAUUCCAGGGGUGCAACCAAUACCUCCAAGGACUCAAAGAGACAGAGCAGGGGUUCAGCUAAGCCCCCCCCACACGAAGCCCAGCCUUCCUGGCACUGAGAAUAUCCCCACUGAGGCCACCCCUGAUGCUCUGGAGACACAGGUGAUUCUUGACCAGGUCAGACAGCUUGGCCACCUCUACACUGUCCUGAAGGAGGAGGUGGCCCAGUUGGAAGCCACCAAGGCAGAUCAGGCUGAGCUUGAAAAUCUGUGCCUGCUCUUCUCAGAGGGAGACCAGGAGAUCUCCAACAUCCUGACCUCCCUGCAGGGCCAAGUGUCCUCCCUGCAAAGCCUGGCCAGUGAUCUGCAGGGCCAGAAGGAGAAGAUCAAACAGCUGGAGGAGGUCAUUGGAAAGCUGGGAGCAGCUGGAUCUGAAUGGAGCGUGGAUGUCAGUGACCAGAUCACUCGGCAACUGGGGUCCAAGCUGCAGGAGCUCAAGCAGGAGCUGGGAGAGCAGCAGGACAUGACCAAGGCUGCUCUGGAGCAGGUGGUCACCAAGACAGCUGAGCAGCUCCAGCAGCAGCUGGACAAGCUGCCAGUGAUGGUGGAGAGCACAGGGCAGCAGCAGGCAGAGGGGCAGGCAGUGUGCCCAGUGUGCAGCACAGACACGGGCACACAGCUGGGGCAUCUCCAGAGCUACAAGAGGCUCCAGGAGCUGAUGGACUCCUUGAUGUCACAGCAGGCAGCGGGGAAGGUGUCAAGGCAGCUGCCAGGGAGGAGCCAGCAGGACGAGGAGCAGCUGAAGAACAUCCAGGUCAGCAUCGUGGAGCUGCAGAGGGAUGGCAAGGAGCUCAGCUCGGCCACCAGAAGCCUCAUGGAUGAGCUUCAGCAGCAGGAGAAACAUCUCAAGGCUCUGUCCCAGUGUGUGGAGAGGCUGCAGAAGGAGAAAGCAGACAAGGAGGACCUGGUGCUGGCAAUGGAUAAGAAAGCAGACAGAGCUGCCCUGGCUGGCACAGUCAGCCACAGCCUGUUGGAGGCCACGGUGGAGAGGCUGGAGGAGAGGAUCCGGGAGGUGCAGAGCCAGAGAACAGGCGUGGAGCAGGGCUGGCUCCAGUCCCAGCCACAGCUCAGGGAGCUGAUGGACUCCAAGCUGGACCGCCUGGAGCUGGUGCCUUUCCGGCAGCAGUUGCAGGAGCACGGGAAGAUCAUCCUGGAGCAGCUGAAGGAGAGGGCGCGGGUGCCAGAGGCCGCGGAGGCUGCCGCGAUGAAGAGGAAGCUGCUGGUCCGUUUCCACUGCCUGUCCUGUGACCGGCCCUGCAGCGUGACGGUGCCCGGCCCGCACGUUGUGGCCGUCCCGUCCCUGCCAUCACUGUCCCCCUGCCUGGCCGGGUGCCCUCAGAUCCACCUCAAGCAGGAGCCAACCCAGCAGCACAGGACGCUGAGGCUGAUGUGA